AUGAUCACCAAUGGUACCAAGCAUGAGUCAACUCCCCCGGCCGGAGACCGGUCGUAUGACCCUUCAAACCUGCCAGACUACGAGACGGAUUUCAUCAGUCAGGCUGAUCUGGACAGCUUUGCCCAGGCAUUAAGCGCACCUACUACCGAACCACUCACCGCUCUCAAUGAUUGGGGUCCAGUGCAUCAGAAAGUCAAAAAGACCAGAGCUCGACGCAAAAGUCCGAGACGCAGCAAAGAUGAAACGCGGGAGGGCUUUGUUUACACGCUCCUGUACUAUCCGUUACUAUUUGUCGUCUGUGGCUGGAUUGUAGUCCUGUUCGUCAUCUACAACUUGACUCGCUUCUACAUCUACGCCUACGAGCAUGCGUUUUCGUGGACGGGCCGGCGAGAGACUCUACGGCGGCGGCUCCAACAAGCCAAUACGUACGAGGAAUGGCAAGCUGCCGCCCAUGAACUUGAUGAGUACUUGGGCAAUGAGCGGUGGAAGCACUCGGACCCAUACUCGUACUACAAUCACCAGACGGUCAGGAAGGUGACCGCGCAACUUGCUGAACUUCAUGGCAAAAUCCAGGCCGAGGAAGUUGAAAAGCGCGAUGGCGUUAAGGGACUCACGGCCCUGGACGAGCUCAAGUCGUUGCUCGAAAGCUGCGUGAAGAACAAUUUCGUGGGCAUUGAAAACCCUCGCCUAUACAGUGAGACUUACAUUGGCACCAAAGAUCUUAUACAAUCCUUCCUCGACCAAGUCGAAGAAUGUCUGACGACGGUCUUACGCAGCAAUCAGAUGACAGACAGUGACAAGGUGGCUUUUUUCCGUCACCUAGAACUGAACUAUGGGCGCACCGCCCUGUGUCUCUCUGGAGGAGCAACUUUUGCAUUCUACCAUUUUGGAGUUGUCAAGGCACUCCUGGAAACUGGACAGUUGCCAGAAAUCAUCACCGGUACUUCUGGAGGAGCCUUGGUCGCCGCCUUAGUGGCGACAAGGACGGACGAAGAGUUGAAACAACUAUUGGUCCCAGCCCUGGCCUACCGGAUCAGGGCCUGUCAUGAAGGAAUCACCACUUGGAUGCUUAGGUGGUGGCGAACGGGGGCACGCUUUGACUCCAUCGACUGGGCUUUACAGUGUAGCUGGUUUUGUCGGGGGUCUCUGACUUUUCGUGAGGCGUACGAGAGGACUGGCCGCAUCUUGAACGUCUCGUGCGUGCCCUCGGAUCCGCAUUCACCGACCAUCCUGAACAACCAUAUCACAAGCCCAGAUUGUGUCAUUUGGUCCGCCGUCCUCGCUUCGGCAGCCGUACCCGGGAUCUUGAAUCCUGUUGUGCUCAUGCGAAAGACGAAAGACGGUACUCUGGUCCCCUACUCGUUCGGCAAUAAGUGGAAAGACGGUAGUCUCCGCACCGACAUCCCAUUGAAGGCUCUCAAUCUUCACUUCAAUGUGAACUUUUCGAUCGUCUCGCAGGUCAACCCUCAUAUCAAUCUGUUCUUCUUCUCUCCUCGAGGCGAGCCCGGUCGGCCAGUAACGCAUCGCAAGGGCCGUGGCUGGCGCGGGGGAUUUCUCGGGUCUACCAUUGAAACCUCGGUCAAGCUCGAUCUACAGAAGUAUCUGAAAAUCCUUCGACACCUGGAGCUAUUGCCUCGACCUUUGGGCCAGGAUUGGAGCGAGAUUUGGCUGCAACGUUUCUCCGGCACCGUCACCAUCUGGCCAAAGACCAUCCUCAGCGACUUUUGGAAUAUCCUGAAUGACCCGAGCCCACAGCGUCUCGAACGCAUGAUCAAAGCAGGGGAGCGCAGCUGUUGGCCCAAGAUCAAAUUCAUCUCGAAUCGCCUGAAAGUUGAGCGGGUGAUACUAGAAGGUCUGAGAAAGGGAGGACCAAUCGACGACAGCCACCGCGUGCCAAACCCUGUUCAAGAACAGCAGGCACAAGAGGCGCUCCUCCGCGCCCGACGACGACCGAACGACAGCAUUUCGUCGGCAGAUGAGGCCCAGGCACCUCCACCCUCUCCACGAAGACACAGUAGUAUCUUUCAAGAGCUCGGCCGUCAAGCCUCGGUGUUGUGGAGCGAUGAUGGCCCGACAGACGGAGAGGAGGAUGCUGUCAGCACCACCACAGAGGAGGACGAGGGUGAUACAGCCAUGGAUGGAGACGGGGUCACCACAAGACUGUAG